AUGGUCAAGGUUCCCAUUGUCAAGAAGCGCACGAAGCCCUUCAAGCGCCACCAGUCUGAUCGUUAUAAGGGUGUGAAGGAGGCAUGGCGGAAACCCAAGGGUAUUGAUAACCGAGUGCGGCGCCGAUUCAAGGGCCAGCUUCCUAUGCCCAAGAUCGGCUACGGAAGCAACAAGAAGACCCGGCAUCUUCUUCCUAACGGCUUGAAGAAGUUCCUCGUCAGCAACGUGCGGGAAGUUGACUUGCUCCUGAUGCACAACAAAAGCUUUGCGGCAGAGAUUGCGCACAACGUCAGCAGCCGUAACCGCACAGCAAUCCUUGAGAGGGCCAAGGUGUUGAGCGUCAAGGUUACGAACCCUGCGGCUCGCCUGCGGUCGGAGGAGUAA